UUAUCAGUUAUCAUUUGUUAUCACAUAUUUUUACCGCGCCGCCCGAUCAUGGACUUAAUCAACAUCGCUCACGUUAUCAACAUAUAUUUUUAUCACACACAUUGAAAUUAUAUAUUAUUGUUAUCAUAUAUUUUUGCCUCAAUUAUUUUAUUAUUGUUAUCACAGACAUACACUAUAUAUUAUUUCAAAUGUGUUAGGAAUACAGGCUUCGUAGAUUAGUUGGUUAAAGCGCCGAAAUGUAAUACGGAGAUCGAAUCUCUCCGGAGCCUUUUAGCAAUUUUUUAUUAAAAAAUAUUCGGUAUAAUAAUUUAUAUAUCAUACUUAUAAUGUAGGUAAUGUAUUCGAAGCGGAAAAAUAUAUGUCGGUCACGUGUCGGAUCGUGUGUUCAAAUAAAUACAACAACAUAUUGUCAUUAGAACUAGAUAUUUCCUUAUUCAAUUAAAAAAUAUCUUAAUAGCCACCACAUUAGGUGAACAUAUCCGUUAUUAAAGAAGAAUACAUUAGUGAAUAACAGAUAUCCGCCGAACGCACAUUAAGCCUAAUAAUUGUCACAGGUAUUAACACGUCAAUCAAAUACCAUUCCCACCAUUCGUAACUAGCACAUGCGCACUGUAAAAUUUCACCGCCUAUUAAGCUUCUAGAGACACCGGCAGUCGUUUAGUUCGUCUACUGCCUUAAAAACCAUCGUGCACGUAUAUUUUUCGCUCUGAAAAUUGUUGUGAGUUUAAGUGUUUAAACAUGGCUGGAUCAAUCGAAGACAACGCUGCGUUAUACAAAAAGAAGACCUUCGCUUAUGUACAACCUACACCACCUGCUGAACUCAUCGAAUCCACAACCUACACGCUCGACUUUACGAACCGUAAGUUUGUACACAUUGGUAUUGACCCUACUGAACAUUUUCAAGUCGCCAUCCAUUUAUUAACAUCGUCUCGCCAUGUUAAUAUAUCGCCGGAUUUUCUUAAACGUAUAUUCUCUAUGAUGGGGCAUAUCUUAUCAUUCAUAUUAGAUACACCUCAGAAGUGCAAGCGCUUUAUAUUUCUUGAGACGGAAUCUCAUAAAAUUUCUAGUAUGGUGUAUGGCGGAGAAAAUGUGUUGGUGAUAGAAUCAAAAACUCAUAAAGGAUGUCGAGUAUUGGUAAAUCGUGCGGACCUUAUUAGCCUUCAAUAUCUGGAAUGGUGCAUAUUUGAAACGGUUACACGAAAAUCAACUAUAACACAACCAGUUGUCUUAAAACAAUUUGAUAUGUUUUCAAACUAUAUCAAUGUCGAAUUUCACAAAUUAAAUUCACCGCCGAAAACAACUGCAGAAAUGAUUACAUUUGUCAAAAAUUUACACGAUGAUACUAUAAUUUCGAAUAUGCCUAAAAAUGACGUCAAUCACAUCAGUCAAAUCAAAAUGUAUGCUUCAACACAAUUAGUCAAACAUUGGGAGAAAUGCUUCAUAAGACCAAUGUCGCCAGAGUUAUUGAUUUCACCGUUGUCGCCGCCAACACCGUUAUCACCACCACCACAUUUUUAUUGUAUAGGGAGCUGACGAGGAAAGAGGUUGCAGAGAAUUUUCAGCCGGAAUUCCUUCACCAGUGAGUCUCGUAGUCAAUAAGAACGAUGAGCCGAUGAUUUUCAACCACUCAUCAACACCCCAGCCAUCAAAGAAAAAACCAACAAAGCGGGAUGUAAAAUGCAAACUGAUUGUAUAACAUUGUUUAAUAAUUUCAUGUAAAAUAAAAAUAAGUGUGAUAUUUAAAA